UCAUGCAACCAAGCAGCUUGAAAUAAUUUAGCCAAGACACAUAAUACACUCAUGCGCAAUUUUAUUCGAGCUGUUGCCAGGUUAUCAAAACUCAAUAAUUUAUCUGGAUUUGCCUGGGUCCACUAUAUACAAGGAAAUUUUUUCCGGACUUCAUUUUCAGUAAGCUAAAUAAAGGUCUCCCCACAUAUCGUAUAGAGGCCAAAACCGUAAAGGUCUAGCGAGAUCUGACAAAAUCUAGGAAAAUUUGGAAAAUCUGGCAAAAGAUCUGAUUAGUUUAAGUGUCUGGCGAAGCGAGAUAAAUCUGGCAUUUGCCAGACAAAUCUGGCAACCUGGCAACGCUACAACCAAGUGACAUUUAAACCAGAGGUGCCAAUUUGAUAAAUUUAAAAACACACAUAUCAAGACUAGAGUGACUAUAAUCAGAGUGGCGACAGCUGUUCGUUUGGAAUGACAGCUCCCAGUUCCAAACGAGCAAACGACCUGUCAAUUCAAUGUAAAGCUAAUGGAAUGUUUUGAAUUGUUGCCAAAAUUACGGAUGAGAUGUCGUCACUCUGGUUAUAGGCACUCUAAUCAAGACCAUAUCAAUAAAUUUAUCCCAUGAGAAUAAGACAAAAGUUAUAUGUUUUCUAUGAUUUCACACAGCUGCUCAUUUCAAUACAUUUUUUAUCCCAACUGCAAAACACGUUUAAUGAUAACAUAUUUUUUUACACCAUAGAUUUCUAUACCUAUAGUAGAAUUCAAUGGUGUAAGAAAUUUUAUGUUAUCAUAAAAAUUCUACUAAACAUUCAGACCCUGUUGAAUUAGUGACAUUUGAUGAGUACAUGAACCUGUGACUAGUCUAAAGAGAAAUGUUUUUCUAUGCAAUUGUGAAAUAAGAAUUCGACCUGGCAUCCCUUACUAAAAGCACAACACAAUGUAAUAAGAAUUAUAGAAAACCUCAUGUUGUUCGCAAAAACAUUCUUCCAAGUGAGCAGUGAAUAAGAUAGUUUUAAUAUGUUAGUUUUGUUUAAAAUAAGUGAUUAAUUCGUUUAGUACGUAAUGAAAAGAUCAUAUCCGACGACCGAGCCCAACGCGGGCCUAGCUUCGGAAAACGGUAAUGGAACAUCAGGAUGUCAAUUGCCUUCGAGCGUACGACUCGUCAAUUUGCACCGACAAGGUCUUCCAAUAUUUCAAGUUAGAAAGUCGAUUGUGGAUGCGGUAAAGCGACAUCAGACGUUGAUCCUGCUGAGUGACACUGGAUCCGGUAAAAGUACCCAAGUCCCGCAGUUUUUAUACGAAGCCGGAAUCAAUCAGGGUAAGAUGAUUGCUGUAACGCAACCUCGGCGAGUCGCGGCGAUAACAGUAGCUAAAAGGGUAGCCCUGGAACAGGACUGUUUGAUCGGGGAUGUUGUUGGUUAUUCGGUACGUUUUGAAGAUGCCACAUCGGAAAACACUCAGAUUAAGUUUAUGACGGAUGGCACUUUGUUUCGAGAGGCAUUAUCGGACCAGUUGUUAAAAAACUAUAAUGUAAUCGUUUUGGACGAAGCUCACGAAAGAACCAUCGCUACCGAUGUGCUGUUCGGGAUAGUUAAAAAGGCACAACAGACUAGAAGGACGAAACUAAUGGAACCAUUGAAAGUGAUAGUAAUGUCUGCGACUAUGGAUGUCGAUCAUUUUUGUCAGUACUUUAACCAAUGCCCCACAUUGUACCUACGUGGUCGAAACUACAUAGUGAAAGUGUUUCAAUCGAAAGAAAAGUUGUCCUACCUGGAAACAUGUAUUAUGACUAUUUUUCAAAUUCACGAAAAUAAAGAAUGCACCGGAGACAUUUUGGUAUUUUUAACCGGGCAGGAAGAGAUCGAAGCAACCGCAACGCUGAUAAGACGACUUGCUAAAACAUUGCAUCAGCGAGACGUUCCCAGGUUAACCGUAUGUCCAUUGUAUGCUGCCAUGUCCCAACAGAGCCAAAUGAAUGCUUUUUCCACUACACCACCUGCUGCACGGAAAGUUAUUCUGGCCACUAACAUUGCCGAGACUUCAAUAACUAUUCCUGGAAUCAAAUACGUUAUCGACUGUGGAAAAGCAAAGAUUCGCACUUACGAUGCUUUGACAGGAAUCGACACUCUUAAAGUGUCGUGGAUAUCUAAAGCUCAAGCCUGGCAACGUACGGGGCGAGCUGGUCGAAUUGAAGACGGAGAAUGUUACCGCACAUAUUCGAAGGAAGAGUUUGAAGCUAUGGAAGCCAGUAGCAAACCGGAAAUUUUGCGCUGUAACAUAGCAGCCUCAACGCUGCAGCUACUGGCUUUAGGAAUAGAUUGCAGAGAUUUUGAUUUUCUCGACAAACCCCCUAUUGAUGCAGUCGAUAGUGCUCUCCAGGAGCUGAAAGAUCUGGGAGCCAUUCUAUCGACUGAAACACCAGCACUAACCACAUUUGGUCGAAAAAUGUCCAAAUUUCCACUAGACCCGAAAUAUGCCAAAAUUGUCCUAAGUGCCCCUGAAUUUGGAUGUCUCGAAGAAAUACUCUCAAUCGUUGCCAUGUUAUCCGGUGAAAACGUUUUUCUAAGUAACAAUCAAAAGCGAGAGCAACAGCUUUUAGCACAUUCGAAAUUUCAUGCUAAAUGUGGCGACCACAUAACAUUGUUGAACGUAUUUAACGAGUUUAAAGCGAAAGAUAAAUCGAAACGGUGGUGCUUCGACAAUUUUCUCCACGAGCGCAAUCUUAGCCAUGCAGCAGCAGUCCGCCAACAACUCUGCGAUAUUAGUCAGUCGUUGGGCAUGCAGUUGAGUUCUUGUCAAAGUGAUCCAAUUCCGGUAGUGAAAUGCCUCUUAACCGGGUUGUACAACAAUAUCGCAGAACUGCAACGAGACAACUCGUAUCUUACCAUGGCCAACCGCACACAAUCUCGCAUUCAUCCAUCUAGUGUCCUAGCGGGCCGAGCAAGGCCUGGAUAUGUGCUGUUCACUGAACUGGUCGCAACCGGAAACAACUAUUUACGCACUAUAAGCGAAAUCGAAUCAGAAUGGAUUGCAGAGGUAGUACCGAACUGUAGUUUUCGAGAUCGAAUUUCGUGCGGCUUGAAUCGAGGUAGUAGCAGCAGUUAUACUACAAAUCAUCGCAGUAUCCGUUUGUCUUAAGGCAUAUCCUAAUAAUCAUCAACUUGAUGAUACCGAACUAGUAAUUAAUUUAAAUGUAAAUAUCGGCAUUUCUCGUUGAUAAUAAAUAAAUAUAUGUUAAAAUAUGUACAAACGAAAAUAUGUAUCAAAAUUAUUGGUUAAAAAGGAACCCCGAUUUUCACUGGUUAAUCAAUCGCUUAGAUUAACAUACAUAACUAACUUCUUAAGCACGAUUCAAACAGUCCGUCACCGUCCCUUCCGUGGUUGAUGGGCUUGACGGUAUCGCAAACAUCAUCAGAUACGAUUAAUUAUUGUUACAAUUUAAUAUAAAUAUGUCUUAUAACUUUUAGUUUAAUUAUUGAGUUUAUUGAGUGAGGCAUGAAACGAUUUGAAUAAGAUGUUGAUUGCAAUACGAUCCAACAUCCGGGUUUGGAGAGGCCGGUAGGGCUUAACUGAGCUCUUUUUUAUGUUUCAUUUUCAUACUACCGGCCCUUAUUACCGGUGUGAAGUGGAAAUUAAGCGAAAUGAACGUACCCCAGUCAGAUUUCACACGAUAACGGAAUAGUUGAAUGGUGAAUUAAGUUCAUCUUUGACGUUUAUUCUGUGAGGUUUGUUGUGCUCGUGUGGGAUCUGAUGGAUGAGGUGAUAUGUGAGUGAAGUAUAAGUGAAGUGGAAUGCAAGAACGGUAAUAAAGGCCACCGUUUCAGCUCAGGACUAACGAUCGACCAAUAAAAGAGAUAGAAAAUGGGUGACCCCCAUUCAUCUCAAAUCCAUUAGUCAUUUCAUAUAUGAAAACCAUUGGUUAGAGCGAGAUCUGUUGUGUCUGUUCGAUAGAUAGACUUCGAGAGUGAGAUGAGGUUAGGAGUAUUUCGCGUCGCUAUAACAGCGAUAUCGUAAAUUUUCUGAACUACUUUUAUGCGGUAUUGCUUAUCAGAGAUGAAGCAAAGAUUUUGUAUUUGAUUUCAUCACAAUUCAUUUAUUGAAAGUCGAGUAAUCGGUAGAAUAAUAUGGUGACUCUAUUAAUGAAAUGACUGUUGGCACAAUGAAUUUAGUUAAAAUCUAUUAGAAUUUAUCUAUUAGAAUUUACUAUUUAAUCAAUGUUACAAUAUUUGCGUGUGAAAUACAUAUUCGUAUAUAUGUACACUGAAGUCUUUUUUUAUGCGAAUUUACGUACCGCAUAAAAAAACGCAUAACAAAAACCGCAUAAAAAAAAACCGCAUAACUCUGAAAAUUCGCAUAAAAAAAAACCGCAUAACUCUGAAAAUUCGCAUAAAAAAAACCGCAUAACUCUGAAACUUCGCAUAAAAAAAGACCGCAGAAGGGCAAACCGCAUAACUCUGAAAAUUCGCAUAAAAAAAACCGCAUAACUCUGAAACUUCGCAUAAAAAAAAACCGCAAAACUCUGAAAAUUCGCAUAAAAAAAGUCGCGUAAAAAAAACCGCAUAAAAAAAGACCGCAUAAAAAAAGACCUCAGUGUAUAUGUAUGUACACAUGUGUGUAUAUGUAUGUAUAUAUGUGUGUACGUCAGUAUACCUUGGUGCCUGUAUAUAUUUAUACAUGUAUAUAUGUAUGCGUUGUAUCAAACCGUAUGUGGUGAUACCUUUCGAUUGUGAGUGAAUAAGAUGUUGAUUGCAUUACGCUCCAACAUCUGGGGUUGGAGAGGCCGGUAGGGCUUAACUGAGCUCUUUUUAUGUUUUAUUUUCAUACUAAGUUAAGUUAAGUGAAGUGAACGUAUCCCAAUUGGGUUUCACACGAUGACAACAGGAGAACGGUGAAUCGAGUCCAUAUUUGACGUUUAUUGGUGGUUUGUGUACAAUAAAUUACUGUGGAAUGAGAUAGAAUAUUGUAAAAUAGAACGGAAUAAUAAUGACUUAACCAAUGAGCAAACCGAUGAUAGCUGUCAAACGAUGUUCAUCCAGUUUGUAUUGUGAGGAUGUAUCGUUUGGGACCUGAUGGGUGAGAUGAUGUGUGAGUGAAAUGUAAGAGUAAGUGCAUGCAAGAAUGGUAAUAAAGGCCACUGUUUCAGCUCAGGACUAACGAUCGAUCAUUAGAAGAGAUAGAAAUUGGGUAACGGUACCUCCAUUCAUCUCAAAUCCAUUAGUCAUUUCAUAUACAAGAACCAUCAGUUAUAGUGAGCUCUGUUAUCUCUGUUUGAUAGAUUAAUUUCAGAAGUAACAUGAAAUUUGGAGCAUUUUGCUUCGCUAAAACAGCAGUAUUGAACCACUUCCGAACUACUGCUAUGCGUUAUUGCUUCUUAGAGACGAGGCAAAGACUUUGUAUUUAUCACAAUUCAUUUAUUAAAAGUCGAGUGAUCGCUAAAAUAACAUGGCGACUCUACUAAUACUCUACUAUUGGCACACUAGUUUUAGUUAGGAUCUAUCAGAGUAGAAAUAGUAACUCAAUGUUGUAAUGCUUGCGUGUGGAAUACAUGUGGGUAUGUAUGCAUGUGUGUAUGUGUGUGCCUGUGUGUGUUUUUGUGUGUAUGUAUAGUAUACAUUUUACCGUGCCUUUGGGUGCGUUGUAUCAAAUUGGUAGUGAUGCAUUUCGAUUGUGAGUCAGUGUACACCAGAUGCUCAAAAGUGCCUGAGCGGAUGGUAACACUGUCAAGGAACAACUGAAGACAACUAAAUGAGAACAUGCUGUAGCAAUACUUAUGGGACCCAAGGGUCAUUAAAAAAAACACUAAUCCUCUUUUGUCUCUCUUUUUUUCGGAAAUGGAUGACUGAGCAUUAACAAAAAAUCCGAAAUAAAGAAUAAGAUACUCAAGAAAAGCAGGAACAAAUUUGAUAAAUGUGGAACUGAAAAAUAGGAAAAUAAUUUAAUUAACACUCUUAGGAAAUCUUAGAUACAAAAUGGAACAUCGGUAGGAAUAAAAACACCAUUGCAUACAACUAACUUUUACAUUUCAGGGAAUAAAAUAACAUCAGCAAAAAUAUGGAAUGGAAAUAAAAUAGAAGAACAACAAAAGAGACUUACGAAACACAAUUGAAUAGAACACUGGAAUUAAGGUAAAACAGAAUAUAAACUAUGACCAAAGGUAAGAAAACCAACAUGAAUGAAUAAUAGAAACUGUUGGGUAAUAAUAUAAUUUCCUCAUAUUGAAAGAGGCGUUUAUAUGGCGCGCAUGCGCUAAUUCGGCCUGAUACAAAUUAACGGGGAGGGCAAUACAUUUUGGACAGGGCUGUAAAAAGCUGAUUGGAACCCUUUCCCCACCAAAAUGUAAUAUAAGGAAAACUAUAAGGAUUCAAACAGUCCGUCACCGUCAACAUCAGUUGAAUGCAUUCUGAUGGAGACAUUCACACACAACGUCACCGUUACGGAACAUCUUGACGGUCAGCACGUGUAAACGAUCCUGUAAACCUAUUUUGACGUGGAGACGAACUGGCUAAAUCGUACUUUAUUUCGAAUUUGAAUAAAAUCAGCACGAAAAUAUGCCAGAAGUCAGAGAAGACGGCGGUGUGAUUCAUUCGAAAUGGGUUGUUUCACUGGACCGCAGGUGAGAGAUUCUAAUAACAGAAAUACAAUUGCUCUUCAUAGACUUUAAAAGGGAUCUGCCGGAAACGGUUGUAUCAUUGAGGCUGGAAUUCUGACAGAAUGUCUGCAAAAAUUUCUGGCAGACACGGUCAGCCGUCUGGGGAGAAAUCUGUACGCCGCUUGGGUACGAGUGGGGGAGUCCGUAUUAAUUCGGAAUCAUACUGAAUUCCACAUAGAAUUGCGAAUGAAGGUUUUUCGCCUAUUUGGAAUUUAUUCUACUAAACUGGAUAUGUGAGCGUUUACCAAACAGCAUAAAAAAGUACGGGUGUGUAAUGUCAGAGACAUAACUGGAUGUCGUGAAUACGAAUAAAACUGACACGAUUUCUUUACACUAUCGAUUUCGAAUUGAUAGUUGAUCGAUUGUGUGAAUUGCGAAACUUUCCACCUUUUAACUACUAAAAUUUAAAACGAUUUUUGACGUCGAUUAUCUCAUUUGGGAUUUGCAUAUUUCAUUGAAAGAAACUAUCAAGAUGCUGUACAGGAUUCAUUUCUGCCUUUUAAAAGGACCAAAUUGUGGAAUUCUCUACGAUAUUUAACACAGUUCGGAACAUUUAUCUCGAACGAUUUUCGCACAGCGAAAGAUGCACGAAGCUAACCAAAUUAUUUUGGAUUUUCACUAAACUGAUGAUUUUUACCUUCGAUUUGCAAAGAAGUAAUCUUAAUAGUUCUAUAGAUAACAUUUAGAGCCAUUAGAACGGCUGAUUUUAUAUCAUGUUGUCCACUUUCCGUUUCUUGUUUUCUUUCUCUCCAAUGCAAACGAUCAGCAGCUGAAGCAGUCGUUCUUGCUUGAAUUAAAACUAGCUUUGCGUACAAACCGACACAUUCGCUCGCAGUGCUAAAUGAUGCGAAACUGGUUUAAUGCGUCUUCUCGCCUUGACGACCGAAAGGCAAAUGAGAACUACGACCUGAGCGUUUCAGAUUUUUAACCACGUAGAAGGUACGCUCUCCGAUGCCGCUGUUUGAAUGCGUCUUCUCGCCCCGACGUCUGCUUUCAUCCAACGCACAAGAAGAAAUUAUCGAUUUUCGACCACGGUUCCCCUUUUAUAACGUUCAGUUGAAGAUAUGUGCCUGACUACCUCAAAAUCGUCGUCCUUGCGCCAAAAAAACCCAAGCAAAAGUAAAGAGUUUUCCGCGUUGUUUUAACAUUUUCAGAAAACCUAAUUUUUGAGUUGUUUGUGGUUAUCUCACACUAUUCAAAAUAUUAUCCUAAAUUCCUGAUCAUAUUUUUGAUGAAAUAGUGAAAGAAUCAUGUUGCUGCCAUUAAUACAAGUCGAGAUAUUCACGAUGAAGUUCUGCCCAUACUUCCAUAUGGCUAAUUUUGAGAAGGCGCCCCAUAAUAAAGUAAGUCGUAUUCACAACAAAAGAAUUGUAACAAGCUAGAUGUGAUUCUCAGCCGAUGUGAAAAAAUGCAGUUAUUUUCUGUUUUCAAGAAAUAUUGCAGAUAAAUCAAAGUUUUUAUAUCGAAACAACGUCCCGGUAUUACAUUUCUUCCAUGCAAUUUGACCGUUCUGUUUCAUCAGGCUUUGCAGCCGAAUCAUAGCGUACAGAAUCAUUGCAUGGCUACAUAAAUCAAUUAAACAUAGGUUCCCCAUUGUACGGAAAUACUAACAGCGCUUCUAGUGAGAAACGUACUUUUUUCCAUUAGCUACUGUCAUAAAUAAGGUAAACCUAGAUUCCCCAGUGUAGUAGUACUGUAGUUGAGCAACCCGUGACACCAAAAGCGCCGUCUGGUGUAAAAUGGGUGCGUAAAUGCUCCUAAAAUGCAUGUACAAAGUUGCCUGCGCAUUUAACACAACCACAGUAGCAUAAAUCAAAUAAACAAAGAUUUCCCACUGUACGGUGAUACUCUAGCACCUCUAGUGAGAAACGGGUGUACUUUUUCCAUUAGCUACUGUGGUUGUGUUAAAUGCGCAGGCAACUUUAUGCAUGCAUUUUAGGAGCAUUUAUGCACCCAUUCUUCACCAGACGGUGCUUUCAAUGUUGCAACUAUUCUUCGUGUAACUAGUUCAUUCACGCAUCCUCGCUGUGAUUAUACCACAGACUAACAGACAGGACACUCAAAUUAGAUUCUUCAAUCAUUUUAACGGUCAUUUCGAAUAUUCCUUUAUUUGGGACAGUACUCACAUGUGUCAUGAUGGCGCCACGUUACCCUAUCAAAUACAUCCUGUCUGUCAUCUUGACUGUGUUUAUUUUUUUCAUUUACCAACCGAGUUGCCAUUCAUACAGAAUUACCUGUACUGUAUUGAUUUGUAUACCUCCAUGCGAAUUUCAUGCAGGAUACAGAUUAAUUACAUAUAUCCAGCCUACUUCUCAUCCUACAACGCAAUACAAAAUCGAACCCGUUUUGUUACAAUAUCUACUUUUUUCUGGUCUGCCGUCACUUAAUUUCGGGUGAAAAUUACCAACACAAUCAAAAAUAGUCUAGAUGAACAACGUUGAGUAAAAUAAAUGUUUACCUACCAACAUCGCUAAAAAAGUUAAAUAUAUUAUCAACGUAAUCCAAUAAUUUAUUGUGACGAUUCAUUAUCAAAUAUUUUGAUGAAAUCUGGCAACCCUGCAAGCAGCUGAUCGGUGUUGACAAACGAGGGGAAACCAACUAGUAAAAAAACUUUUACGUAACACAAGGUGUGUACCGAUAGUAAAUAGUUCGCGCAGUACAAUAUAGGUGGAACUAGUGCAUCACUAAAAAUGAUUUUUAUAAUAAUUAACUCAUACUGUCAUGUCUGUUAGUCUGUGAUUAUACUGCCUGCUAAUAUGCAAGUCUCGAACAACGUUGAACUAUUCACUGCUCGAAAGAGAGAAGGGUGCAAAAGGAAUAAGCAAUAUUCGUAGAUAACCCGAAUAUACUAAUACAUUCUUCACUGCUGGUAUGCAUCGUGCAUGUUCGUUUUAUACAUUCGUUUGACAUUCGUUCAUUUAUUUUAUUCUUCGAGUUGGAUCGAAUAGCGUCACGGCGAAGACCGUUGGUUUCCAUUCUUCGCGAAGCAUUCUUCAUCUAAUAAAUUCAUCAUAUCUCGUUGGGUAGCAGCAAUGGGAGAAUGUUGGAAUAUGGUUCAUCACAUACACAUAAGACUAUGGUAAGAGUGCGGGGGGAAACAUCUUAAUUUGCAUGUUUCAAAGGCAACACGAACGAUCAUCGCGAAUUAGGUUUGGCGAUGAUCGCUGUAUGAAUAUUCGUUCGAUAUUCGCGUUAAGUCAUUCGGGGGUAUGUCCAAUGCGAAUAACAACUGCAAGGAAUAGAUAUUCGUGCAAGUAACGAAGCAGCGUCGGCUUCGUUCGCGCCCGAAUAUACGGACAAGUCCGAAUACCAGAACGAUUAUCGAACAAAGGCGAAGGAAAGCGAGCGAUGAUCAUUGACAUUCGUUGUAUUUUUGAUAUUCGAGCAACAUUGGGUGCUUUUGCUGUCACGAGUUGCUCAGCUACAUUACUAUUACACUGGGAAAACUAUGUUUAUUUGAUUUAUGACAGUAGCUAAUGGGAAAAAGUACAACCGUUGAAUUCGCAGGCAACUUUGUACAUGCAUUUUAGUAGCAUUUACGCACUUAUUUUACACCAGAAGGUGCCUUUGGUGUCACGGGUUACUCAACUAAAUUCAUAUUACACUGAGGGAUCUAGGUUUAUUUUAUUUAUAAUGGCUAGUACUGACACUAAGGCUGUGAACCAUUUCGUGGUUAAUUUUAACUUUUUGUUAAAAUUUGACACUUAAGUGGUUAUUCUGUGUCGAGUAGGUAAAUUUAACUAAAACUGCGGCCCAUUUCAAAUUUUGACGGACGGAAAGUCAUUUGGGUUUAUUUUCCACUGGAAAUAAUUACAACUAAAGAUUUAAUAUUAGAAUUUUCAUUGCAACAUUUUUUUCAGUGUCGGGAAAUAACCAUCGAUCUGUCAAGAAUAACCAUGCUCUCGAGCAGGGUUAUUUUUGACAACAUCAACCGCUGGAGUGUCAGAUUCUAACCAAACCGCGAAAUGGUUCACACCCUAAGAAUCCUUCCAGGUCGGGGUUUAACAACGUAUUGAGUACAGAGCUGCUAAAUGUCACUAUCAACGAGCAAUUUUGCACGACGAAGAUUGGAAAGUUUAUGUCACUGGACUGCUGCCAACCAGGCUCUACCAAUCAUCAUAUAUUGAGUGUCUGAGAGCCGAUCUGUCAUAACUUAAAUUCUCUUGAUAUUAUACUCACCAGGACGCUCAUUGAUUGCCGAUGCGAUUGAUAUAAUCUUCAUUUCUCCUGUCACUGCUUGAUUACGAUGUGACUAAAUAUUAAUCAAGCAGCAUAAACAUUGAAUUAAAUUCAUGUACACCAAUAAACUCCGAAUUCCAAUGACUUUUUACAAAGAACAAUGAACUUUAUCAAUUUAUGUUUAUGUUAGUACUCCUGGAAUUUUGUCGUGAAUACGACUUACUUUACUAUGGGGCGCCUUUUCAAAAUUAGCCAUAUGGAAGAAUGGGCAGAACUUAAUCGUGAAUAUCUCGACUUGUAUUAAUGGUAGCAACAUAAUUCUUUCACUAUUUCAUCAAAAAUAUGAUCAGGAAUUCAGGAUAAUAUUUUGAACAGUGUGCGAUAACCACAAACAACUCAAAAAUUAAGUUUUCUUAAAAUUUGAAAACAACGCGGAAAACACCUUACUUUCGCUUGGGUUUUUCGCGCAAGGACGACGAUUUUGAGGUAGUCAGGCACAUAUCUUCAACUGAAUGCGUAUAAAAGGGGAACCGUGGUCAAAAAUCGAUCAUUUCUUUUCGUGCGUUCGAUGGAAGCAGACGUCGUGGGAGUGGAAUCAUCAACCAGCAGCGACGGACCAAAUUGAGUUCCUCAAUUUGGUCCUUGUGAAUGCUAGAACCGAAUCCCUACAGCAUAUUGAUAAUUUCUUUCAAUAAAUUAUGCAAAUCCGAAAUGAAAUAAUCGACAAUAAAAUUCUGUAUGCGGCUAUUUUUAUAGCCGUUAGGACCGCCCAUUAGUGAAAAAGCUACAAACGAAAUCACAUAAAAGGAAAUCUCUUAACAAAAAUUCAAUCAGUUUGGAUUCAAUCACCACUGCGAGCAGAUGUGUUUUGUGUCGUCUGCACGCUUUCGACAACAGCGAUUACGUCACAGUUGCCAGUCAUUAGCAGUGGGAAAAAAACAACGGUGGAGAGCAUUGCACAAUAUCAGCCGUUCUAAUGGCUCUAAAAGUUUCCUAAAGAACUAUUAGGAUUUGUUGUUCGCAAAUCGUAGGGAAAUAUUCUCAGUUUACUGCAAAUCAAGAAUAGUUUGCUUAGAUUUGUGCGCUUUCGCUGUGUGAAAUUCACAGUAAUCGAGAUCAUGUGAAGCCUUUUUUUGCAAAAAAUGUUUUAGAGUUUAAUGUCGUAGAGAAUUACGCAAUUUGACUCUUCUGAAUGCUGGAAACGAAUCCCUACAGCAUAUUGAUAGUUUCUUUCAAUAAAUUAUGCAAAUCCGAAAUGAAAUAAUCGACAAUAAAAUUCUGUAUGCGGCUAUUUUUAUAGCCGUUAGGACCGCCCAUUAGUGAAAAAGCUACAAACGAAAUCACAUAAAAGGAAAUCUCUUAACAAAAAUUCAAUCAGUUUGGAUUCAAUCGCCACUGCGAGCAGAGGUGUUUUGUGUCGUCUGC